CCGUUAUGACAUAUGUCUACGUGACCAACGCCGGGAGAGAUACGCCGCCGCGGACGAUUGCAAUCCGGACUGUCACGACACGCAAACGUGUGACCCGACCCGCGUCGGCGUCUACGUUGUACGAGCGAACGACAAUUCCCCGGCCCCGGUGCCGUGCGAUGGGAUUGCUCGACGAUGAGCGUGGACUCGCAGCCUGGUGAUCCCGAGCAGGCGAAAGUAUGGCAGCGGCGCAGGGCACACCGGAGUCGGACACCGGGAGCUUCGAGUGCUUCCGCAACUACACGGCGCCGGAGGUGUUCGUGCAGGGCCUGGCCGGUAUCGUCGAUCAGCAGGACGUGGAGUCAAUGAUACGCGCGCAGAAGCAGAUGCUGCAGAGAUUCGAAAAGACCAACGAGAUGCUGACAAACUGCAAUCAGUUGUCGGUGAACAGGCUGAAGACGGCCGGCACGGAAUUCAAGAAGCACACCGCUCUCCUGGUCGAGAUGAAGCGGGACCUGGAUUACAUUUUCAAGCGGAUUCGCCUGAUAAAGAGUAAACUGAGCCAGCAGUAUCCGCAGGCGUUCAACGAGGCGGUGAGGAGCAGCCUGGCGGAGGAGGUCAUCGUGGAGGAUGUCGAUUGCCCGGUGAAGCCCCUCGAGCCGGAGGUCGUGCCGCUGCCGUCCGUCCCGGCUCACGGCGCCGCCGAUCAAGAUCCCGAUUCAGAUGUGCCGGUCGAGGAGUUUCAGUUCGCGAAGCUGCGCAAACGGCGAAUAAAGAGUAACGACAGCUCGUCGACGGAGAGCAACAACGAUCAGAUGAGUAACGCCGACACGUCGUCCUGCACGUCCGAUACCGGUUGAAAGAAAAAGCCGGGCACGCAAUAAUGAGAGGGGAGGGGAUGAGAAAACGCUUGUCAUAAUCAUUGGUCCCAAAGUCGUGGGACACUCACACACGCACACCGGCCACGUCGAAUGUUGCUCGGGAGCGUACGGGCUAAUCAAUCGAUCAAUCAGUAAGGCAAUAAAAGGGAAUCGGGUGGCGCGGGGUGUGUCUCGAGGUGGCCGCCGCCGCCGCCGCCGCCGAUACCGCGCACAGCAUAUCUCGAUGUCGUUGUGCGAGCUGCGAGUUUGUGAGUACUGUCAUGUUGAUAAAAAAAAAAAAAAAUAAUAUAAUAAAUAAAUCCUUUGUACAUGGU